CCCUGCCUUGCUCCUUUCCCCGGCUGGCUGCGCGGUUGUUAUGGUUACGGUGUGUGAGUACGCUGUCAUCCGGGUCCUGACCUCUCCUCAGGGGGUUACGCUGGGGUCACUGGACACGUCUGGUGGUGUUUCCUUGCUGCCCGUCACGCUGCAGGGCCCGGUAGCAGGCCAGGUAACAUGGACCUCACAGCCGGGCUGAGCAGCUUGUUGCAUGUCGAUAGUGAGAUCGGGGCCCGAUAUAAACACUUACUGAAGCUGCGGAGCCGGAGACGCACUCUGAUGAUACACGCCUGUGCUCACUCUGUCUUCUUCUAUAAACUGCUCCUCUGCGCCCGGCAGCAGCUGCAGAUGGAUCCUCUUAUUGCCUCCAGCCUUCCGCAAGGGUCGCUCUCCAAGAGUAUUCCUGUGGGCAUCAUUGGGGGAGGUCAGCUGGGGAAGCAACUAGUUAAGUGUCUCAUUGGCUUAAAAGAAAUUGAACCUCAACACGUUUGUGUCUCCACCCGCAGACCGGAAACACUCCGGGAGAUCCACAAUCUGGGUGUUCGGUGUCUGUAUGACAACAAGUGGCUGGUGAGAUGGGCCCAGGUGGUGUACCUGUGCGUCCUGCCGUCCCAGCUACCGGCGGUGUGUGCAGAGAUCAGCGGUCACCUGAGAGAGCCCUGUGUGGUGUACAGCCUGGUGUCCACCGUGCCGCUGCCCAGGCUGAAAGCACUACUAUCCCACAGCAGUGUGGUCAGGCCGGAAUACCGGAGUGAGGGCGGUGUGGAGGGGCUGCAAUGGGAGAAGAGAUGUACAAUCACAGAGGCGCUGAGGGAUGAAUACUUUGUAAAGGCAACAACUCCCGGGGAACUGCAGUGUGGCGGAGGUGUGUAUACAGUCAGUAGCUUGAUGGACGCGGCUCUGUACGCCUUCCUGAAUGUGUGUACGUCACAAGCUCUGCCACAGCGCCAGGCACUGAGAGCGCUGAACGGUCUGAUCCAGCGACUUGUACCACCAGGAGACCAACACCAGUGGGCGCCACUCACUGCUGACUGCUUUGUGUCAUCACAGGCUGAGGACAGUCCGUUUCCCCGGUUUGACCUGUGCUGUGUCCAGAUGGAAGGGUCGCCUCUCAGGCGGCAUAUUGAAGGCUCUCCGCAGCUCAGAGAACAACUAGUAAAGCUGUACCGCGGCCUCUUCUGUCAUCCAACCUGACCACUGAACCCGGGGGCAUGUACCCACUAAGCACCCUGCUCAGGCAUAAUACAGACUAACCACGCCAAUAACCAAGUAAUGUGAGUCAAGAAUACUGGUUAUGAUGUAUUCACCUCAAAGUAUCAUUAUGAAUAAAGGACGGGAAAAGAUGGAACUUUUAUUAAACCCAUUAUAAUAUUGUCACUCAGACGUCCAGAUCUUUGGCCGUUUUGGAUGUAACUUUGAUAACAAUUUCUUUAAAUGGAUCUCUGCGCAGACUGAGAACAUUGGGAUACCAGAAUGGGAUUUUAUCGUUCUUAACUGGCAAUAUAUUAUUUAGUUUUUUUAUUAAUCUACAGUAAUAGUUACAAUUAUUUAUGUAAUAUAAAUAAAAAUAUAUAAUUUA